UUUUCAUCGAUCAUUGUUGCAAACACAUUUAGAUCAGACAAAGAAAGCUGAGUAGCGCUAGACAGAUAGAUAAAACAUCAAGAUGGCAGUGAAUUUAAAGCUCGCGUUGAUGUCCUUGGUGUUUCUGGUGGCAUUUAAUGCCAUUAAUCAUGCCCAAGCCGCAGUUUUUGAUGUGACGACACAUGGAGCAAAGCCUGGUGCAGAUAUGACCGCGGCUUUGACCAGUGCUUGGAAAGACGCAUGCGCAGCAGCAGGAAAAAACCAAGUUGUGGUUCCAAAAGGGACAUUCCAAUUAGGUCCAGUGAGUUUAGACGGACCUUGCAAGGGCCCUAUUGAAUUCCAGAAUCAGGGCACCAUCCAGGCUCCAGCAGACCCCAGUAAAUUCCAGGAUUUCUGGAUCCAGUUCCUUCAUGUUGAUGGGUUCACUCUGUCUGGGGGUGGAACUUUCGAUGGGCAAGGACAAACUGCUUGGAAAUCAAAUACCUGUGUGAAUGACCUCAACUCAUGCGGAGUACUUGCCGCUAAUUUGAAGUUCAGCUUCGUCACAAAUGCAGUAGUCACGGGCAUAACAUCACUAAACAGCAAAUAUUUCCACAUAAUCUUGUUGGGCUGCAAUGGCUUGCAGAUGGAAAAACUAACCAUCACUGCACCUGCAGACAGCCCCAACACAGAUGGAAUCCACAUUGGACGUUCAUCUGGGAUUACAAUUACCGAUAUUAAGAUUGGAACUGGUGAUGAUUGUAUCUCCCUUGGUGAUGGAAGCCAAGACAUUACUAUCACAAAAGUAGCAUGCGGACCUGGCCAUGGUAUCAGCAUUGGAAGCCUUGGAAGAUACAAGAACGAGGAACCUGUAAGUGGAAUCACAGUCACCGGUUGCACCAUUACCAAUGCCCAAAAUGGCGUGAGGAUCAAGACAUGGCCUGGUAGCCCUAGUGCUGGUUCUGCAAGCGGUAUGCAUUUCGAGGAUAUUACCAUGACUAAUGUGGAUAAUCCUAUCCUCAUAGAUCAAGGAUACUGCCCACACGGUCAGUGCAAAGCUCAGGCUCCCUCUACGAUCAAGAUCAGCGACGUUAGCUUCAAGAACAUUCGAGGCAGUACUAGUAAUGUAGAGGCUGUCAAGCUAGCUUGUAGCAAGAGCGUACCGUGCGAGAAAGUGAAUCUUCAGGACAUCGACCUUAAAUUCACAGGGUCUGGAGAGUCUAAAACAAUAUGUGAGAAUGUCAAUCCCACAAUUUCUGGCACUCAGAACCCUCCGGGUUGCACGGGGGCACCUGCAGCAGCGGGGGCACCUGCAGCAGCGGGGCCAGCAUGAGCGGGGGCAACAGAUCAACCAGCUUAAACAGAAUGCUUCUCAAAACUAAAUGAGUAAUAUUAAUCCUUGAUCGAGCUUAAAUAAAAUUAACGUAGCAGUCAAAUCUACGUAGUAAACUUUUGUCCUGUGGUGGUUAAAACACCACCUUAUACCCCGUUCCUCAUGAUCAUGUCCAUGCAUCCCUUUAAAGUAAUGCAUGCAGUCGGCAACUAGCAGAAAUAAGAUUUUGUAGAGUCCCCGCCCUUUAAUGUAAGUAUAAUAAUAUUAUACCUUUCUACUGCUCGUUUACUAUUAUUUUUGUAAUUUUAUUUUAUUUUUUUAAUUUUUUAUUUUACUUAAUGAUUAAAAAAAUGAUUAUUAAUAAAAUUUUUAAUUUUUUUUAAUGAUUAAGAUUAUUAAAAAAAUACUUAAAAGAAAAUGAUAAAAAAAAUAAAAAAUUUCAAAUAUAAUAUAAGUAGUAAAUGUGUCAUAGCCCUAUCACUACCUUUCAUGUAAUCUAUUCCACAAUACUUUGCCAUUGGUUGUAUCCCAUUGCCUUUGUCAAUAAUAAUAAUAAGAAGAAGAAGAAGAAAUAUUCUAAAUAUU